GGCUUUUUAUUGAAACGUCACAAGCAAAUGAAAACAAUGUGGUUGCAUGCGUUCAUAUGAAAAAUCAGCGAAAUUUACUGUUUUUUCUUUAGUUCACUCGUUAAAAUCGUGGCAAAAUGCCGAAGGAACAGUUUCGGGAGGCGGAUGUGAUUAAAAAGAUAUCACACGUCCAGUUUGGAAUCGACAGCCCGGAGGAGAUUCAACAAGAGGCUCACAUUCGGAUUGUAUCUAAGAAUUUGUAUAAUGAUGGUCGGCAACCAGUGCCGUACGGUGUGCUGGAUCGACAAAUGGGUGUGAGCCAAAAAGACGCGCUCUGCUCGACUUGCAACCAAGGAUUGAAUGAAUGUGUCGGUCAUUUUGGCUAUUUGGAUUUAGCACUGCCCGUUUAUCACGUCGGCCACUUUCGAUCAACCAUCCAGAUUCUUCAAGCCAUUUGCAAGACAUGUGCACGUGUGAUGUUAAAAGACAUCGACAAGCAAACGUACGGCCGUCGUUUGCUAAGUCAAAAUUUGUCAUACUUGGCGAAAAAGUCGAUAACCUCACAAAUUCUGGGCAAAGCAAAGAAACACACGAAAUGUCCACAUUGCGGUGCAAUUAAUGGGCCGGUCAAAAAAGGGCCUGGUUUGAUGAAGAUAUUGCAUGAGCCAUUUCGCGGAAAGAAAACCACCGAUCCUAUCAUGCAAGAGCAGCUAAACGAGCUACAAGAGGCGACCGUGAGAAAUCGAGAGUUGGCAGCAAUGAUUGGACCAGGUGCCCUAAUUUGUGAAUUGAAUCCAUUGCAAGUGUUGGAUUUAUUCAAACGAAUCCCAAAAUCCGAUGUGCCACUGCUUGGAAUGACUUCUGCCGAUGCAAAUCCAGCCAAUUUGAUCGUAACACGCGUCUUUGUGCCACCAGUUUGUAUUCGGCCAAGCGUCGUAUCAGAAAUCAAAGCCGGAACAACGGAAGAUGACUUGACGAUGAAGCAGAGCGAAAUUUUACUCAUCAAUGACGUUAUCAAUAAGCACAUGACCAGCGGUCAUAAAAUCGAACAAGUCCAAGAGGAUUGGGACUUUUUGCAAUUGCAUGUUUCGUUGUAUUUCAACAGCGAGGUGUCGGGCAUUCCGAUGACGAUGUUGCCCAAAAAAUCAUCGCGUGGCAUAGUGCAGCGGUUAAAAGGCAAACAGGGUCGUUUCCGUGGCAAUUUAUCUGGCAAGCGUGUCGAUUUCUCUGGUCGUACUGUAAUCUCGCCGGAUCCAAAUCUUAUGAUCCAUCAAGUGGGUGUGCCCGAGCGAGUGGCCAAAAUUCUUACCUACCCUGAAAAAGUGAAUCCAGCGAAUCUUCAGCGGAUGAAGCAGCUUGUAAGAAAUGGCACCGAAAAACAUCCAGGUGCAAACUAUGUGCAGCAGAAAGGGCUGACGUUCAAAAAGUAUUUGGCUUAUGGUAAUCGAGAGAAAGUCGCACAAGAGUUGAAAUGUGGUGACAUUGUUGAACGCCACUUGACCGAUGAUGACAUCGUUCUGUUCAAUCGACAACCGAGUUUGCACAAAAUGAGUAUCAUGUCACAUCGGGCCAAAGUUCAACAACAGCGAACUUUUCGAUUCAAUGAGUGUGCUUGCACACCGUACAAUGCCGAUUUUGAUGGAGACGAAAUGAAUCUGCAUCUUCCACAAACUGAAGAGGCUCGAGCUGAAGCACUUGUUUUGAUGGGCAAUCAAUCGAAUUUAGUCACACCGAAAAAUGGAGAAAUGCUCAUUGCUGCUACACAAGAUUUUAUUACCGGAGGCUAUUUACUUACACAGAAAGAUGAAUUCUUGACCAAGGAACAAGUUAUGCAACUCGCUGCUUGCCUUUUGGCCGGACCAGACUCGAAUAUCACCAUUGAUAUUCCCAAACCAGCCAUUCUGAAGCCGAGACGAUUGUGGACCGGGAAACAGGUGUUCAAUUUGCUCCUUCGACCAAACAAAGACGAUCCAGUUAUUUCCAAUUUAGAAACGAGAGGCAAAAAUUACACAAACAACAAGGACUUAUGCGUUAAGGAUUCAUAUGUGGUCAUUCGAAAUUCGGAACUGAUGUGCGGUUCAAUGGACAAGAGUACAUUGGGUUCAGGCACAAAAAGUAGUAUUUUCUACGUGAUUCUGCGAGAUUUUGGUGAAAAACCAUCGACAAAAGCUAUGUGGCGUUUGGCUAGGAUGGCUUCAUACUUCAUGAUGAAUCGUGGUUUUUCAUUCGGAAUCGGUGAUGUAACGCCAAGUAAGCGGCUGCUCGAAGAAAAGCAGCUGUUGCUCGAAAAGGGUUAUGAAAAGUGUGACAAUUACAUUAACGAGAUGAAAAAAGGGACGUUGCAAUGUCAGCCGGGUUGUUCGCCAGAGGAAACAUUGGAAGCGGUAAUUCUGAAAGAGUUGUCAAGUAUUCGUGAACUGGCAGCAAAAGCGUGUUUCCGUGAGUUGCACCCAACGAAUAGUGCAUUGAUCAUGGCCCAAUCGGGAUCAAAAGGAUCCAACAUCAAUAUAUCUCAGAUGAUUGCCUGUGUGGGUCAGCAGGCCAUUAACGGAAAACGUGUGCCAAAUGGUUUCGAAGAUCGUGCGUUGCCACAUUUCGAAAAAUUCUCCGCCGUACCAGCUGCUCGUGGUUUCGUUCAAAACAGUUUCUACUCUGGACUAACGCCCACCGAGUUCUUUUUCCACACGAUGGCUGGACGUGAAGGUUUGGUUGAUACCGCUGUUAAAACCGCUGAAACUGGUUACUUACAACGUCGGUUGGUAAAGUGUUUGGAAGAUUUAGUCGUUCAUUACGAUGGCUCAGUGCGAAAUGCCAUCGGUGAAAUCGUCGAGUUCAUCUACGGUGGUGAUGGUUUGGAUCCAGUAUUCAUGGAAACAAAAAAUAAACCCGUUGACUUGGUGCGAGAAAUGAUGCAUUUACGAGCAAAACACCCUUGUCGAGAUGAGAAUCCGCUGCGCGGCGAUGCAAUUAUUCCAACUGCCACCAAAAUACUUGAGACUAAAGAAUUCCAAGACGCACGAAAUGAUUUCAAGAAAGAAUCAUUGGGCUUUUUGGAAAAGUACGCGGAACGAUUGACUUUGAUACAAGAUCGAUACAGUGCAUGCAAAUCAGCAGUGGUGCAAGAAAUCGAACGAACCACCACUGGACAAAUCUAUAAAUUUUUAGAAUCGGUCAAAGAUAAAUAUAAUUUGGCUGUUACGGAACCAGGCACAGCGGUGGGAGCAUUGGCUGCACAGUCAAUCGGUGAGCCCGGCACACAGAUGACAUUGAAAACUUUUCAUUUUGCUGGUGUUGCUUCGAUGAACAUCACACAGGGUGUACCGCGUAUUGUGGAAAUUAUCAACGCCAGUAAAAUGAUUUCGACGCCGGUAAUCACAGCCGAGAUUAUCAACAGAUAUGAUAUGGAAUAUGCACGAAAGAUUAAGGCUCGCAUUGAAAAAACGACGCUAGGGGAGGUAUCGUCUUUCAUCGAAGAAGUCUAUAAACCGACUGAUUGUUUUUUGGUGAUCAAAUUGGACUUGGACCGUAUUCGAGUGUUGGGCUUGGAAGUGAACGCAGAAACCAUUCAAUAUUCAAUUUGUACAUCAAAACUUCGGCUUAAACCUCACAAUGUGAUGAUUUGUGGUCCCUCAUUGAUUUUGGUGCGGCCGGAUUCAACGAAACACGGUCAUGCUUUGAAUGCUGAAUUGUCUCGAUUAGUCAACGCCAUUCCGAAUGUGGUGAUUGCUGGUUUUCAGAAUGUCUCCCGUGCCGUAAUUGCUGUUGAUGACACAACAAAACCGGAUAGUUACAAAUUAUGUGUCGAAGGAACUGGAUUGGGUCAAGUGAUGGCAACGUACGGUAUAAUUGGCCACAAGACAAAGAGCAAUAACAUUUGGGAGGUGUACCAAACGCUAGGCAUUGAAGCGGCUCGAACAACAAUCAUGAACGAAAUCACCGACGUGAUGGAAGGUCACGGCAUGACAGUCGAUCACCGACAUAUUAUGCUUUUGGCCAGCCAAAUGACCAGCCGCGGUGAAGUGCUCGGUAUUACCAGGCAUGGUUUGGCCAAGAUGAGGGAGUCCGUUUUUAAUUUGGCGUCGUUUGAGAAAACGGCAGAUCACUUGUUCGAUGCAGCCUACUACGGUCAAACAGACGCAGUGGAUGGUGUAUCCGAGCGCAUUAUUCUGGGAAUGCCAGCGUCAAUUGGUACAGGAAUCUUCAAGCUGUUGUACAACCAUGAUAAAUGUGACUUGGAGCCGCCACUUGAGCCGAUUUUUGCCUAAAACACGAUUCUCCUCGACUUUAAAUUGUUUAUUUUCUAAAAUUUUCUUUAUAAACUAAAAUAAUGUAAUUAAAAACACAUCGAAUAAAAUUUAAA